GCAAAUCCAAGCAUGGAGUAUGCAACACCGGAUUUGCUGUGAUUCACAGCCAUCGAGAUAAGAUGUAAGAUAAGAUUGUUAGUCAUACAAAUACUUUUCACGCAGUACGAAAAGGUUUCCAUUAAUCCAACAUGAAACUCAUCGUGCUUAGUGCUUUUUGUGUGAUAGCUUUUACAACUUUUUCAGAAGUUGCAGGAUUCGACUCCGCGGAGAAGGAGGAUGUGAGCGAAAUCCAGAAUGGAACCUAUUCGUCUGGAGAACUGAAAGAUAUCGACUACGAUCUAGACACGACAAGAGGACCAGUCGACCCUUCGAACCCGCCUACCGCACCGACUCCAGCAGGACCAGGUGAUUCUUCCGCUCCUUUCUGGCGGCGCCCCGCCUCCCUGGUGUACUUACAGUUCUGUGGCCUAUUGGCUGGCCUCGCCGCGAUGUACUUCCUCGGUGUGUACAUCGGAGGUAGAUCGUAGGCGGUUCGUACAGCACACAGAACAAAUGGAAAUCUGAUUGUUAUCAAUAAACUGUAAUCACACGCCUG